CUCCACGCCGGGCUCAAUCUGUCUUUUUUGGGCGGAGGAAGGAAGAAGAAGGGAGGAAGGCAGAGAACGAAACGGGACGAUAUAGCAAACGUUCGAGGCUGUCGGGCGCCUUCGAUCGCAUCUUCUCUAUUAAAUGUCCCCCCCUUUUUUGGUGGAUCUGGAGUCCAACUAUCUGCUGAGGGACAGCGUGGAGUGCCAGCGGCUUCUAAUGGAGGGGAUGAAAUACCACCUGCUGCCCCAGCGCCGGCCCCUGCUGCAGAGUCCACGCACCCGGCCCCGUAAAGCGACUGUCGGCGCCCUGUUUGCCGUGGGGGGCAUGGAUGGCACCAAAGGUGCUACCAGUAUAGAGCAGUACUGUCUUCGCCGGAACACGUGGAGGCAGGUGGCCACCAUGAGUGGCCGGAGGCUUCAGUUCGGAGUGGCUGUUCUCGAUGGACGUCUGUACGUGGUUGGUGGCCGGGAUGGACUGAAAACUCUCAAUACCGUGGAGUGUUACAACCCCCACAGCAAGACUUGGAGCGUUAUGCCCCCCAUGUCCACACAUCGGCAUGGCUUAGGUGUAGCAGUCUUAGAGGGGCCCAUGUAUGCAGUGGGAGGACACGAUGGCUGGAGCUACCUGAGCACAGUGGAGCGAUGGGAUCCCCAGGCUCGCCAGUGGAGCUUCAUUGCCAGUAUGUCCACACCCAGGAGCACCGUGGGAGUGGCUGUACUGAAUGGGAAGUUGUACGCCGUGGGAGGACGUGACGGCUCGUCGUGUCUGCGCUCGGUGGAGUGUUUCGACCCGCACACCAACAGGUGGAACGGUUGCGCUCCCAUGGCGAAGCGCCGAGGCGGGGUGGGUGUGGCCACAUGGAACGGUUUCCUGUAUGCCAUUGGCGGUCACGAUGCCCCGGCCUCGUCGCUGGCUUCACGGCUCAGCGACUGCGUAGAGAGGUAUGACCCUCAGACGGAUGCAUGGACAGCAGUGGCCCCCAUGAGUAUCAGCAGAGAUGCUGUGGGAGUCUGUCUCCUUGGCGACCGUCUCUUCGCGGUGGGCGGUUAUGACGGGCAGGUGUACCUCAACACUGUCGAGUCUUAUGACCCACAGACCAACGAAUGGACACAGGUAGCACCUCUGUGUCUGGGCAGGGCUGGCGCUUGUGUGGUGGCCGUCAAACUGUGAAGACACAAAGACCGACACCGAGGCACGCCUCUAGGGUUCAGACGACCGACCGCCCGCCCGCUCGGUCGUGGCGGCCGUGGGCG